CAGGACGAGGUGGUCACCCCCACCCCCACCCCCACCCCCACCCCCGCCGGGAAAGUCAAGAAGAUCGUGGACAGUUUGAGCCAGGGUCAGUCCGUGGUGACCACCGCCCCCCCAGAGCCCAAGGUGAUCAAGAGGGCCCCCACGGUGAAGCCCAAGCCCAAGUCCAAGCUGGGGGCGGUCCGGCUGGAGGAGGCGGGGCAGGCGCCCCCGCUGCCUGAGAAGCAGAGCCGGCGUCUCCAGCAGGCCCAUGCGGCGCGUCUGCAGGGUGCGCCCCCUACAGGAGAGGAGGGGAAUGACAUCGGCGUUGAAGGAGGCCGUUCAGCCCCUGAUGGAAAGGAGGUGGAGCUUCAGCUGCUGGGUGGAGGCGGGGCGGAGGCGGAGCCCUGCGGGGAACGCCCCCUGGCCCCCACCUGCGCCCCCCGGUGCGGCUGCGUGUGCCACCUCCGGCGACCCGGCAUGCGGCUGGUGUGGGUGCCCGUGCUAGCGCCCUCCCACGAGGGGGAGGGGGAGAGGGAGGGGGUGGACCAGUCGGACGGGGCUGGGCUGGAAGACGACGACGAGGAGGAGGGGGGAGACGAGGCGGGGGAGGGCCAGAGCGGGGGGGAGGAGGAGGAGGAGGCCGGCGACAGGAUGAGGAAGGCGCUGUUCCACCACACCCUGAACGCCGUGAUCAGCGACACCCACCGCCGCCGCUCGGACCCGGGUCUGAACAGCCUCCUGAAGCAGCAGCAGCACCCCCCGCGCUCGCCCCCCGUGCCCUCCAAACGCACGCACUCCUCCCUGGCCCAGCUCGGACCCCCGCCGGGCGAGGAGGAGGAGGAGGAGGAGAGCAUCUACGAGAUCACGCUGCCGCUCACCACGCCGCCGUCGUCGUCGUCGACGCUGCCGAAGGCUUCCUGCCGCGAGCUGGACCUCCCCCUGAUCCGCGUGAGGAAGCCCCAGCGACGCACCAAGCUGACCCCCAGCUUCUCCGACCCCAACUCCGAGUUCCAGCCGCAGACAGACGCCGCCAUCGGCGACGCGGCUCCGCCCGUCCCGGAGCGGGUUCCCAUGACGCUGCGGGCCGCCGCCGGGGGCAUGCUGGCGCGGAGUCUGUCCACCCCCCCCGGGAGCCCCCCCAUGUUCCAGCGCAGAGCCCCCCUGCUCCCGCCCCCCAGGACGGACCCCCGGAGGCUGAGCAGCGCCUCCACCCACUCCCUCACCUCCAUGAAAGAAGAAGAGAAUGGGUGUGCUGAAGCGGAUGAAAAUAAGGAGGAGGAAGAGGAGGAGGAAGAGGCGCGUCCGGUCGCUCCACCUAGGAGGGGGUCCUCGUUCAAAUGGUCGAGGCUGCAGGACGAGCCGCUGUACCAGACGUACCGCGCCACCGUCAUCACCAAGGAGAUCAAGCGCCAGACGGUCGGCCGCAACAUCAGCAAGGCCAGCGCCGACUACACCAUGGACUGGUUCUCCCGCCGCCUCGGCAACAGCAACGGGGUCUCCCGGCUCGGCCCCGGGCCCCCCAUGCCGGGGGGCAGCACGCUGUGGCAGGACCUCCCCGCGGUGCGGGACAGCGGCGUGCUGGAGAACAUCAGCCCUGAGGACUGCAAGUACCAAGAGAGCAUGUUCGAGGUGCUGACGUCGGAGGCCUCCUACCUGCGCUCCCUCCGUGUGCUGACCAACCACUUCCAUGAGAGCCGGGACCUGGAGGAGGCCAUGAUCGUCAGGGACAGGAAGACCCUCUUCUCCAACGUCCUGAGGGUCCGGGAGGUCAGCGAGAGGUUCCUGAAGGACCUGGAGGAUCGCAUGGAGCAGAACCUGGUCUUCACGGACAUCUGCGACAUCAUCCACUACCACGCCCAGCACAACUUCCCCGUGUACAUCGACUACGUCCGCAACCAGAUCUACCAGGAGAAGACCUACACCACCCUGAUGAAGAGCAACGCCCAGUUCGCCGAGGUCAUCUCCCGGCUGCAGGAGUCUCCGCUGUGCCAGCGCCUGCCGUUCAUGUCCUUCCUGCUGCUGCCCUUCCAGCGAAUCACGCGCAUCAAGAUGCUCAUCGAGAACAUCCUCAAGAGGACAAAGGAGCAGACGAAGGAGGAACAGACGGCCUCCAAGGCACUGGAUUCCGUGUCCAAGAUCAUCGAGGAGUGCAACACAGAGGUCGGGAAGAUGAAGCAAGUGGAGGAGCUCAUUGCUCUCUCUAAAAUGCUGGAGUUUGACAAACUCAAGGCCCUGCCCAUCAUCUCCCAGAACCGGAACCUGGAGAAGAAGGGGGAGCUGGGGGAGAUGUCCAAGGGGGCGACCAUCUUCAACAUGCGGGCCAAGUUCAGCCCGGUCCACCUCUUCCUCUUCAACGACCUCCUCAUCCUCGCCUCCAAGAAAGGCCCGGAGCGCUUCGUGGUGCUGGACUACGCCCAUCGCUCCCUGGUGCAGGUGGAGCCGGUGGUGGAGGGGCCCACCGGGCCGGCCCUCUACGAGAACUGCUUCACCCUCACGCUGCUGGAGAACCACCAGGGCCGACUGAUGGAGCGUCUGCUCAAAGCCCCCUCGCAGUCCGACUUGCACCGGUGGGUCGUGGCCUUCCCCAACCCCAGUAACCCGGAGCGAGAUGUGGAGGAGGUCAUCUACGAGGAUUGGGACUGCCCCCAGGUGCAGUGUGUGGAGCAGUACGUUGCCGGGCAGACUGACGAGCUCUCCCUGGAGCCCACCGAGAUAAUCAACGUCUUGCGCAAGACCAACGAAGGCUGGUACGAGGGGAGCCGCCUGUCCGACGGCCAGAAGGGCUGGUUCCCCGUGAGCAGCGUGGUGGAGAUCACCAACGAGCACGUGAGGCGCCGCAACCUCCGCGAGCGCUACCGCGUCAUGCAGGCCGCCAGCCAGGUGGCCAACCUGGCGGCAGCCCAGGUCAAGGCCAAGACGGGCCCCUAGGGGGAGGGGCAGGGGGCCCCACGGCAAGACCCGGACGGCCCUCUGGGGGCGGGGACGGGGAGGGGGCCCCCGACGACGCAGCCUCGGGGACGAAUGUUUACACGGAACACGAGGCGCGGAAUGUUCUACGAAGAACGUUGCACUCGGCUAAAGCCACGGGACGACUCGUGCCACGAAGAUAGCGUUUGCCAAAUGGCCAAUUGGGAGGGAUUUGUUUUUUUGUCCCGGAGUCCGGAGAUGAGAUUUGAGAAUAUUUUCAGGAGAUGCUGGUGAGAUUACUGUGUGAGACAGGGGCUCGGGUUCUUGGGGAGCUUUGGGACACACGAUGCAUUUGGAGGAUGACACUAUACCCUUUUUGUUCGCCUCACUGCUCCUCUGGAUGCGGUUUCCUUACGUUAACUGAUUCACUCACUCAUGGAGAACAGGCCUGCCUUGGUUAGUGUUUCUGCCUGUGAAUGUAUUAACGGAGCACUGCCCUGGAAAACAAGACGAACCUGGAAUCCUUUGCCGUACCGGACCGAUCACAUUGUCUGCAUACGUGGAGAUAUGAGCCACUGCUUCCAAGAUGGCGGCCCUUUCGUCUUGUGUUUGACCUGGGGAAACACUGCAUGCUACAGUCAACAUGCAAUGCACAUACCCUGGUCAUUCCUGCCAUACCAGGGAACAAUGGUGUGGUCCACCCUGUCUACGUGAUGGAUGGUUAUGCCUGCACAGCGGUUCAAAGAUUCUUUAACAUUCUAUGCUAUUUCAUCGGGGGUUUUAAGUUAAUAUUUACAAAUCAAAGUUGAGGUACCUGCUAUUUCUGGUAUGUGGGGGGUGUUGAAUGAUGCUGCAUGCGAGUUUUAAGUAUUUCUUUAUGUCAAUCCUAUCAUGCAAUACACAACCAAUAUCAAUUUUGAAAGCACAAUCUUUUAAAAUAGUUGUAAAUAUGUGUUUUUAGUAAGGCUUAUUUUACGUUUUUGUUGAACUCUUGAGUUUCACUCUACCUGCUGAUUGUAGUCCUCUCUUUGUUGGGUAGUGUCGCCCCCUGGUGCUGGUUGUUAAUAUGAAGACCGGGACUCUCGUGAUACGCUGUACAUUUACUGUAAAUACAAUUGUGAGAGGGUUCUUCUCUCCUUCAAAAUUGUAGUAGUGCUCUUAAUAAAAAACAGCUGUCUUUUUCACUGAGAUGGGUUUCUUCUUAUACUGAAUAGCCGGGAGGUAUUCUGUAACAAAUAUUUAUGUAAAACAUUAUCUGAAAUGUUGAACAUUUGUCAAUGAAUGCUCCCGAGAUGAACAUGUUCACUUUAACAUCUGCCAAAAAAACUAACACGAGGAUGAGGACAGUAACGGCCCGUAUUUCGUUGAUCAAACAGUGUGCAGAAGCGUAAUGCAUUCACUUCAAGAAAAUUCAAGAAAAUAAUUCUGCUCUUCUUUUCUGAAUUAACGAGAUAAUGAUCUCACUAUUCUGGAAUACGUUUUUAUGAAUGUAAAUAACGUGAAUUAACGAGAUACUUCAAAAUCCGAAGAGAAGCUUAGAGUUUAAGGAAGGAGGGGGGGAGUGGAUGCAUCAUGCAUGUUGUCUAUGAAAUGCACCAAACACCGUAACGUUAUACUAUACGUGUCCAGGAAACCUAACCCUCACUAGGACGAGGACAUUAAACCCCCCGCUGUUCAGACGGAUCAACACCAUCCACAUACACACACGGCACGGGGUUUUAAUCCUGGAAACACUAUGCAAUGUCAUCAGGUCAGAACAUAAGAUCAGAACGGGCUUUCCGUCUGAACAACCCAAAAUUCCUGAGGUGUGCCAAGUCGACAAACUAAUAACAUUGCCAUCAUAUUACUUAAGGACAUUCGUAUCUCCCAGCGUCUCAAACAUAAACCAAAAUAAAACUGGCAUAAAAUGAACAAGCGGGACAUGUUUGCUUCUAUGAAAUAGAGCUCUUAAGCAAAUGAUCUGGAACGAUCUUUCUGCGUGCAAAUAUUGAAG